AAGAGUUCCGACAGUAUUUUCGUCUGUCCAAACGAACAGUGCGUAGCUUGUGCGACGAGCUUGACCCUAUCAUUGGAUGCCAGCGAGCCAGUGGCCUUUCUACAGAAAGGAAGGUGUUGUGCGCGCUGCGAUUCUUCGGCACCGGAAGCUUCCAGAGGAGCGUUGGUCGCGAGGAACACGUAGGCAUGGCACAAUCGGCCGUGAGCAGCACCAUUCACGAGGUGACGGAGGCCAUCAUUUCCGUGUCUGCCCGGCGAAAGUUGGUGGACUUUCCAUUAACACCGGCUGCCAAGGAUGAGGCAAAGGCGGCGUUUGCGCGACGCGGCGCCAUUCCAGGCGUGCUAGCGUGCGUCGAUGGCACAUUGAUCGCCAUUAUGAAGCCAGAAGGACUCAGCCCGGCUGACACGGCGAGCUUCAUGUCGAGAAAGGGUUAUUACGCCCUGAACGUCAUGGUCGUUUGCAAUGCGGAACUUCGCAUUCUUGUUGUAGACCCCCGGUUCCCUGGUUCGUGCCAUGACUCUUGGGUGUGGCAGCGUAACCCGCUGCGUGCACGCCUAGCCGCACAACUGCAGCCUGGCGAGUAUCUGCUUGGAGACUCAGGAUAUCCUCUCGAGCCAUGGCUGCUUGUUCCAGUACCUGGCAGCCAUGCCGGCACCACCUCUGAAGGCCACUACAACCAGGAGCACGCAUCCAUGCGCAAUGUUGUGGAGAGAUGUAUCGGGGUGUUGAAAAGCAAGUUCCGCUGCUUGCAGCGCUUUCGGACACUGCUGUACAGCCCCGAUAGAGCAGCGCGAAUCAUUUAUGCAUGCGUUGCUCUCCAUAACAUUGCCUUGGAGGCGGGCGACUGGACAUUGGAGGAUUAUGGUGGGGAAGUGCCACCAGCUGAGGAGCCAGAGGAGCCAGGAGACAUCCAGGUGCUGGCACCACAAGACGUGUUCCUCAGAGGAAGGCAGCAGCGCAGCGCAGUUGUCAACCUUUUCUGAAGGACACAGGAAUGGUGCUCAGUGAUGUCCUGCGCUAUGGCGCGCACCUGCUCCAGGAUCCCCUCCUGGGCUGCUGCCGUCCGCUCUGCCGCGACAGCGAGGCGGGUCGUGGAGGCCUCGAUUCUGCGCAGCACCUGGAAUGAAUAAUCAUGGUGGAACUGUUCGCAUCAGUUGCUGAUUACUCGCAACCAGCUCACGGCUGCAAGCUGCUGUUGUGAAGAAUUGCAACGUGCACAACGAUUCCCUCUCUGCUGAAGAGCCACUGGCCUGAUGGCAUCCUUUGGCAGUGUCAAGCGUCGCGUACAAGCUAUGCCCUCUUCGUUUGGACAGACAAAGACCUGCUGGAACUACUCUUCCGUCAUCUACUCUAAUGCAUCUCUCACCAUCAAACAGCCCUUUUCAGGGCUAACCAACUUUUCGUCCGGCGGCUGAUCGUUGGCAAGACACGUUACCGAGCCCUCUAUACAACGCAUAUUUCUUGUUUACAUCCCAAGCUGAUUUGUUUUUCAGAUUCAUGAUUUACUUAUAACAAAGCAUAAAGAAUAUUUAUGUCCUUCAUGUAAAAUGACACCAAAGGGCCUACCAACCUGCAGCACCUCGUCGCCCUGUUCCAGGCUGCGGGCGCACUGCGACGACAUCGUCGUCAGGGUAUCCACCCGUCGCGGUCGCUGUCGACGUGGUGGCCGAACAGGGUGCUGCAACACUGAAAACAUACAGCAUUUUCUACAGUUGCACUGCAUGUUAUGGUACGAAUAAAAGUGGCUAUGGCCAUGUUAUGGCUUAUUGGGCUAGUUCAGUAAAAUACAAGAGCUCAUUUUAUUUAACAGCUUGAGGAUCAAUAACUUACCAGGUGCAGCGGCCACCCUUUCGGCAGGCGCCGCGCCGCGCGGUGGAUCCUCUGCCGCUGUAGAGUAAACACAUUAAUGUUUACGAACUGCACACACAAUUGGCGAUAAUUAAAACACUCAUUCCUCUGA